AUGAAAAGAAGAAAGAAAAAACCUAUUCGUUCAUUAUAUGAGCGAAUGACAAGUGAAUUGAAAAAUCUGAAGCAAGAAGAAGAAGAGACCGUCCGUCCACUUCGUCGUACAUCAUCCACAUCGUCUUCGUCAUCCUCUUCCGCCAUUACAGUUUUACCGACACCAUCUUCACCAAUGAAACAUAAUGCUGGACGACGUAAAGUGCAUGUAACUGAAUUACAAAAGGGCACAAUUCGUUUAACAUUUCACUUAUUGUUAAAAGAUAGAGUAUAUCCAACUUUAGAAAAUUUAUGGUCCACACCGUUAGCACAACAGCCGGAAUUGGAAAAUGAAAUGAUUGACAGUGAUGAUGAUAAUAGUAACGAUAAAAUGCAGUCUGACAGUAAUGAUGAUGCUGACGGUUGA